AUGAGCCAGCUGCUCUCGCACAUUUCUCUGUCCUCGCUGGGCGAGACGUGUGCAUCCUACUUAGACCACGUCACCACCAACCUUCCUCCGUCCUUGCACACUCUCCACCAUCAACUCAUCGCCACGCUCUCAUCAGCCAAAGACUCGACUCCCCUGCGCCUGCUUACGCCCUGGCCCGAACUACUAGCGGACCACCCCGACGGCGCAUACACCACACCCGUCGCUUACACCCUCAUCGUCUGUACAAUUGUCAUUCUCGUCAUGUCCUGGCGCACUCCGUUCGCCAACUUCUGGCGCCGCGGUUACACCAACGUCGACAAUACCCCCCAAGUCACCGACAACGACUACAGCUACAUCACACAAGAUGAUAUCGUCAACCCACCCGCGAACACGUAUCGCAAUCAAUACGCAGGAGCGGAGGAUACCGAGCCCGACACUCUUAUUCUGAAACACCGCAAGGAAAAGUACGAUCUGCACUUCCCGGCUUACGCUAUCAACGACGGCGCCCUCAGCGUGGGUCAACUGAGACAGCGGGCAGCGGAGGCGACGCGCACCCCUGAUCCGAAGCGGAUCAAACUGCUCUACAAGGGGAAGUUGUUGGACAACGACUCGCUGCCGUGUCGGUCGGAGGGUCUCAAACAACAGUCGGAAGUGCUAUGUGUCGUCUCCGGAGUGGAGCCGGGGGAGAGCUCGCCUAGUGAAUUGUCCGAGGCGGAGGCUGACAGGAACGCGGAAUCCGCCCGUCAGGAGGGAUCUGGUCGCAAGAAGUCGGGCAAGAACAAGAAGCGCAACGGCAAGAAGAAGGGCAGAAAGCAGGCCGACGGCUCAACUACCCUCCCACCUCCCGCCGAAGAACCUCCGCGCCCGUCCAACGGAACCGGCAUGCCGCCCCCAGCACCCAAUUUGAAGUCGUUCAACAACCCGAUCGACCAAGUGAACGCCCUGUCGUCGUACCUGCAGCGUGAGCUUGUUCCUCUCUGCGAGGACUACAUCACGAACACACCGGCGGAUGCCAAGUCGCGCGAGUUCGAGUAUAAGAAGCUGACGGAGACGAUCCUGGCGCAGGUUCUUCUGAAUGCGGACAACAUCAACCCCGACGGUGUGCAGGAGAUCCGUGAUGCGCGUCGGGCUCUUGUCAAGUCAGCUCAGAACGCGCUCAACAGUCUGGACCAGGUCAGCAGGACAUAA